AUGGCCACGAACAAUAUCUAUCAGUAUUCAAUUCUCAGUGCUCUAUUGAACGGCAUUUGUCAAACAGGUACCGCUCUCAAAGAUACCCUUGCGCAUGGCGAUCAUGGCCUCGGUACCGUACCCGGUUUAAAUGGAGAGGUGGUUAUAGUUGACGGCAGAGCCUACCACUUCCCUCCAGGCGAGGAACUCCGGAAAGUCGAAAUGUCCGAUGCUCUUCCUUUUGUCAUGAUCACUCGGUUUGAACCAACCUUCCAAAAGGCCCUGCCUUCACUUAGCAUGACUUCGCUCCCAGAGGCAUUGAGCCCUCUGCUUCCCUCUCGGCAGAAUUGCUUUCUAUCAAUUCGCCUCGAUGGAAUGUUCAGACUUAUCACAUUCCGAGUGAUAGCGGGGCAAUGCAGACCUCGAGAACCCCUUUCGGAGCUGGCCAAACGACAGCAAAUAGUGAGCCUUGAGAAUAUUGAAGGCACGCUAUUUGGGUUCUGGUCUCCAGCUUUCAGUGGGGGCUUCAGUGUCGCAGGCUUUCACUUGCACUUUUUGUCGAAGGAUAGAACUAGAGGGGGCCAUGUCACAGGGUUUACUGGGGAUGUCAGCCUCCAAGUGGCUGUCAUUGACAAGUAUACAGUUGAGCUGCCCCAGAGCGAAGAGUUUAAUCAGGAAGCCAUAAAGGGCGCAAGAGAGGCAGAGCUUCACGAUGUGGAAGGGGGUUAG